AUGGAGAGCUGCUCUUCAGCUUUGUCAAGGGUUUUCCUUCCAGGUGUCUCCCACCGCCGAAGGAGCCCUGGGGAACUACCGAAGGGGUUCCGUCGAAACCGGUGCUCUUCUCUCCCUUCGUUCACCGAGGAAUCCUACGCGGCUCCCGACCUUUCCGAUGUCCCAAGCACGAAGGAGACGAAGGGACAACAGUGGAGCCGGUCCCUGUGCGAUGUCCUGGAGAAUGCCGUCGACAGGCACUUCAAUCGGUACCCUCUACAUACGUCGGUCGACCCCGCGCUGCUGCUGGUCGGAAACUUCGUCCCCGUUGACGAGAUGCCGCCCACCCCGUGUCCCAUCGUCAAGGGGAACAUCCCCGAGUGCCUCCGCGGCGGCGCUUACAUCCGAAAUGGCCCCAAUCCAAGGCAGUAUCCCCGCGGUCCGCAUCAUCUCUUCGACGGGGACGGGAUGCUCCACUCUCUCCUCCUUCCUCGGGGUGACUCCGACGGCUCCCACGCGGUUCUCUGCAGCCGCUACUCCAGAACCAGCGCCCCGGUGAUCUCCAAAAUAUUCGUUCUUGGGGGUCUCGGUGGCAUCGCCAGGAUCGGUGUAGUCCUAAAUAGAGUUCUCGCCGGGCAGAUGGACCCCACUGAGGGCAUGGGUCCGGCCAGGACCAGCGUCUCCUUCUUGGAAAACAUCUUCGUGCUCGGUGAGACCGACCGACCCUUUACCGUCUACCUGUCUCCCGAGGACGGCGACCUACUGUGAAGGAGCGGAGGGACCUCGGCGGGAAGCUGGCGAAAGGCGGGUCGGUCAACCAUAAGCAGGACCAGGAAUCCGGCGAGCUCUUCGCCGUAAGCUACGGCCACUUCCCCCUGUUCUUACCUACGACUGCUUCGACAGUAGCGGUAACACGAAGCUGGAGGUCCCAUCGGUUCUGUCCUGAAACCGUCCAUCUUCCACGAUUUCGCCGCCACAAAGAACUACGCCAUCCUCCCGGAGACACAACUGGUGAUGGACCCACUGGGGAUGACCUUAUUUGACGGCUCCUUCAUCCGUUGCGACACAAAGAAGGCCCCCAGUGUGGGGGUGUUGCCCCGAUACGCCUCGUCGGGAACGGAAAUCAGGUGGUUCGACUCACCCGGAUUCAACCCGAUGUACGUAUGCAACGCAUGGGAGGAGGGCGACGACGGUGGAGUGCUGGUUGUGGUGGGUUCCAGAACCGUCAACUUUGAGCAGCUUAUGGGGAGGAUGGAGCUUCUACACGAUCACAUGGAGAUGGUGUGGAUUGAUCUCAAGACGAGGAUUAUCUCCCGGACUACGCUAUCCGUUACGAGCCUCCGCUUCGGAGCCGUCAAUCCGGCCUACCAGGGAAGGAAGAGCCGCUACGCCUACGCGGGGAUCUCCGACUUCCCACCGAAGAUACAGAGCGUAGCGAAGCUCGACGUGGCGCUGGCGGCGCAGGGAAGGGAGUGUGUGGUCAUCAGGAGGGAGUUCGGGCCAGGGUGCUUCCUGGGGAGCCUUUCUUCGUCCCCAAGGAGGAGGGGGAAGAGUUCGACGAGGACGAUGGGUACCUGCUGAUGUUCAUCCAUGACGAGAACGAGGAGAAGUCGGAAGUUUGUUGUGAUAGACGACAAGCGGCCGGGCCUAGAUGUGGUGGUGGAGAGAGAGAGAGAGAGAGAGAGAGAGAGAGAGAGGGCCAAGUCAAUCUGGGCGGCGUUUAUUUUUAAAGUCACUUCGAUGGGUCAAUCUUAA